UUUUUAACAGAAUAAUGCUUAAAAUAUUUAUUUUUUCUAUUUUCUGUGGUCAUGUAUUAAUGUUGGGAUUGAAAGAUGGUCUUCAAAAUACUCAAGGAUAUUGUAUUAAUCAGGAGCAUGUUACAACAUUUAAACAUGGUAAACUUGGAGAAAUUUAUUACAAAUUUUUGCUUAACCAAACAGCUGUAACAGAAUCAAUGGAAGAAUAUAGAUUACAAGAAGAACAAAAAGUAGAUUGGGGAAUGAGUAGUGGAAAUUUUUUGAUUUUGUUAACAUUAUUUCCUUUUGCGAUGAUUUGGAUUUCUGUUUGGAUUGUUUUGUAUAUUUUAAUUACAAAUACAGACAAAUAUUUGUUGUUAGAAAAUAAAAAAAGUGAUUAG